CCGGCUUCUAGUGCGGUAAAGUGCAGUUAUCUCCUUUGCGGUGCCAUCGGUUUUCUCUCAUCACUUGUAAAAUCGACUCGUCACGAAGCGCUAUUUGUGUUUUACUUCUCCGACAGGAAACAUCAUGGCUUGCUCGAAAAGUGUCCAGCGCUCGGCCAGUGUCCUGCUGCGAAAUACCACCGCUUUCCAGGGUUAUGUCGGAACGCGAGCAAGCUCAUGGUGGGGCGCAGUCCAGAUGGGACCCCCGGAUGCGAUCCUGGGCGUUACCGAAGCAUUCAAACGAGACACCAACCCGAAGAAGAUCAACCUGGGAGUCGGUGCUUACCGAGAUGAUAACGGCAAACCAUUCGUGCUACCAAGUGUUAUCAAGGCCGAGAAGCGUAUGGCCGAAAAGAAGCUGGACCAUGAAUACUCGCCCAUCGGAGGUACGGCGGAGUUCUGCAAGAGCAGUAUCCAGUUAGCUCUGGGAGAUGACAGCCAGCAUGUGGCCAAUGGGCUGAACGCCACCGUCCAGGCCAUUAGUGGAACAGGUGCACUACGCGUGGGUGGAGCAUUUUUGGCUUCCUUUUUCCCCGGCUCCAAGGACAUCUAUUUGCCAACUCCCUCGUGGGGCAAUCACGGUCCAAUUUUCCGCCACUCGGGACUAAACGUGAAAGCAUACCGGUACUACGAUCCAAGCACUUGUGGAUUCGACUUCAAGGGUGCUUUGGAAGAUUUGUCGAAAAUCCCAGAACGCUCGAUCGUUUUGCUCCAUGCCUGCGCUCACAACCCAACCGGCGUCGAUCCACGCACGGAGCAGUGGGCGGAAAUCUCGGCCAUCGUGAAGAAACGCAACCUGUUUCCGUUCUUCGAUAUGGCCUACCAAGGAUUUGCCAGUGGUGACGUGAGCAAGGAUGCCUUCGCAGUUCGUUCGUUCCUCAAGGAUGGGCAUCACAUUGCGCUGGCUCAGAGCUUCGCCAAAAAUAUGGGCCUGUACGGUGAACGUGCUGGAGCAUUUUCGUUGGUCUGCGCAGACAAAGAUGAAGCAGCCCGUACCAUGUCUCAGAUCAAGAUUCUGAUCCGACCAAUGUAUUCAAACCCUCCGAUUCAUGGUGCCCGAUUGGUUACGGAAAUCUUGAGUGAUCCCGCUUUGCGCCAAGAAUGGUUGGGAGAUGUUAAACUGAUGGCCGACCGCAUUAUCUCGGUGCGUUCGACUUUGCAGAACAAUCUCAAGAAGCUGGGAUCUUCCCGUAGCUGGCAGCACAUUACCGAUCAGAUUGGUAUGUUCUGUUUUACUGGCAUGAACCAGCAACAGUGUGAGCGACUGUCCAAGGAUUUCAGUGUGUAUUUGACCAAAGACGGCCGCAUUUCGAUGGCCGGCGUUACGUCUAAGAACGUAGAAUAUCUAGCCGAGGCAAUUCACGCGGUCACAAAGUAAACAUACUAGUUCUACAAAUUGCAUACAUACCUACAAAGUGCAUUUUUCGACAACACACCAGUGCAGAUAUUUUUCGACCUUUUUUCGAUUCCUUUUUUUCCCUGUUACCUUCUACAUAUGGAUGCAUUUAGUACCAUAAACAUACACGAGCUUUUCUGAUCAAUAAGAUUCUUAAGAACCCGUCGCGUGAAACGCAGUUUUCGAGGCCAGUGCAUAUCGUAUUUAUUCAAAGUUUAUUAAUGCACAAUCAAAGUCCCGUUAUAUCACAGAUAUAUUAGAUAUUUAGAAAAAAUGAAAGCUUAAUCAGAUGCUGAUUGGAAAUAAUAAAGGA